UUUGCUUUCAAGUUUCAUUUCAAAAUUAAAAUUUAAACAGAUUUGCACUUUGCAGACAUCCGAGAUACUUGUCGUUCUACUACGCUUGAACGUUUCGUUGUUGUUUUUAUAUAUUAAAAUAGAAGUUUACUUAAUUGUGCUACAGUUUCGACAAUACGAUCAAGCAUGGACGGUCCAGCGGGGCCUUCAUGCUGCGCGCGAGAGCGCAGGGACGAGGUCACGACACCCAUGAAGAGGCUGAAAGUCAACGAGUGUGAGGACAGCUGCCAGUGCGACAGGACACAGGGGGAGGUCAAGAUUAAGAGCAAGAGGUUCGGUCGGGGGGCAGUGGAGUCAGGAUUAACACACGAGUGCGGAGUGUUUGGCGCGAUUGGGACGGGCGACUGGCCGACACAGGUGGACAUAGCACAAGUCAUAUGCCUCGGUCUAGUCGCGCUGCAGCACAGAGGCCAGGAAUCGGCGGGGAUAGUGGCGUCCGAGGGAAAGAGCGCGCGCACCUUCAACACGCACAAGGGCAUGGGGCUCAUCAACAACAUCUUCAACGACGAGGCCAUGAAGAAGCUUAAAGGCAACCUUGGGAUUGGCCACACGAGGUACUCCACAUCAGCAGCGUCCGAGGAGGUGAACUGCCAGCCGUUCGUCGUACACACGGCGCACGGCGCGCUAGCUGUCGCACACAAUGGAGAGCUGGUCAACUGCAGUAGCCUGCGAAAGAUGGUUCUCGGUCGUGGAGUGGGGUUGUCGACUCACUCGGACUCCGAGCUGAUCACACAGGCGCUGUGCCUCAACCCGCCCGAGGGGGAGACGAAUGGACCCGAUUGGCCUGCCAGGAUCAACCAUCUCAUGAGGCUGGCUCCUCUGAGUUACUCGCUAGUGAUAAUGCUGAAGGACAAGAUCUACGCGGUGCGCGACCCGUACGGCAACCGGCCGCUGUGCCUCGGAAAGAUACUUCCUUUGGGCUCUUCCUAUGCCUACAAACAGUCAUCAUCGAAGCAUGCGGCGGUCCUAAUGAACGGAUGUUCGAAGAAUGGAGUGGACGAUAAGGCUGAAGGAUGGGUGGUAUCAUCAGAGUCCUGUGGAUUUCUUUCAAUUGGUGCUCGAUAUGUGCGGGAGGUGCUGCCCGGUGAAAUAGUGGAGAUGUCGCGGCACGGCAUCCGCACGGUGGACGUGGUGGACCGGCCGGCGGGCAAGCACCAGGCAUUCUGCAUCUUCGAGUAUGUGUACUUCGCGCGGGCGGAUAGUAUGUUUGAAGGUCAGAUGGUGUACUCGGCGCGGCUACAGUGCGGGCGCAUGCUGGCGCGUGAGUCGCCCGUCGACGCCGACAUCGUGUCCUCCGUGCCCGAGUCCGGCACCGCGGCCGCGCACGGAUACGCCAGACAGUCAGGGAUCCCCUUCAUGGAGGUCCUCUGCAAGAACCGAUACGUGGGGCGCACGUUCAUCCAGCCGUCGACGCGGCUGCGGCAGCUGGGCGUGGCCAAGAAGUUCGGCGCGCUGUCGGAGAACGUCCGCGGGAAACGCAUCGUGCUCAUAGACGACUCUAUCGUGCGUGGAAACACCAUCGGGCCUAUCAUCAAGCUGCUGAGGGACGCGGGUGCCGCUGAGGUACACAUCAGGAUAGCGUCGCCGCCGCUCAAGUACCCGUGCUACAUGGGCAUCAACAUCCCCACGCGCGAGGAGCUCAUCGCCAACAAGAUGGACUCCUUCAAACUCGCCGAGCACGUCGGUGCCGACAGUCUAGAAUAUCUAAGCGUGGAAGGUCUAGUGAGUGCAGUCCACUAUAAUAUGAAGGUCAGCCCCAGCGAUGGGGUCGGGGGCCACUGCACUGCGUGCCUAACAGGGGACUAUCCUGGAGGUCUGCCUGAUGACGUCGACUGGUGACCACUUCACUAACUGGUCACCAGAGUCGCGAGGCUCACUGUACCUAAUGCCUCACAGGGGACUACCGGAGAGAACUGCUCGGAACGUCAUCUGGUGACCACUUCACUAACUGGUCACCAGCUUCGCUAGACACUGCAAAAUGUACAUCGAAGAGGACUGUUUGGAACGUCAAAUAUUGACCAUCAGAAGACUACACUGCGUGCCUUUUUGGGGACUACCUGGGCGGUCUGUCAGACCAGAUGAGGUCAACUGAUGACCACCUCAAAACUAAUCAUCAGCAUCGUGGGACACUGCACUGGUUUUCUUACUGCAGACUACCCGAGUGGUUUGCUCGAUAACGUCGAUUGGUGACCACUUCACGAUAAGUGGUCACCAGUCGACAAAACUGGUAACAGUUAUUAUUAACAACUUCUUACUCUGACAAUUAAUUUAAGUCUUUAAAUGCUUUGACCCUAUACAAUCAAAGAUAUUUAUUAGGUUUUCAUAUAACGGAACUAUGUCUUUUUUUGUAGUUGGAUUUUUUACAUACCUACUGAAAAAGUAUACACUAUUAUGACAGUAGAUAAAAAAAGUACACGAUUUUUUUACCAAUACAAGUUAAUACUCAAGAUCAUGUUUUCGUUUUUAAAUAUUAACUAUGUUGUAUUACAUAGUAAAAUUUAAGGUCGCUGCAUAUGUAACGUUUUUAUAUCCGACGGGAUUGGACGACGGAGUUUUGAUAUAUUGUUUCUUACAAAAUACAUAAGUUACAUAAGAAAGCUAUUUUUUUACGGUCUCAAUGAAUAAAUAGUGGUGCGUUUACAUGACUUUACUAAUGUAACUAAAAAAAACGUGUGAUCAUAAUAUAAUGUGUAUACCAAUGAUAAUUUUAUACUAUAGAUCGGUUACGUCCCUACAAAAUCACCGCAAAAAAUGAUCCGAAUAAUAGGCUUCAAAACUGAGCACACACAUGCACAUUUUUGUUUUUAAUUCCAUUAUUUAUUUAUGUAUAUAUAGUUUUAACACUUAUUGAACACACAACUCGACGUUGUAGACGAUAUUUAGGUAUUAUUUGUGUAAAUAACGUUCGUUGUUGAUCACAACAAACUAUCGUCAUCAACCCAUAUUCGGCUCACUGCUGAGCUCGAGUCUCCUCUCAGAAUGAGAGGGGUUAGGCCAAUAGUCUACCACGCUGGCCCAAUGCGAAUUGGCAGACUUCACACACGCAGAGAAUUAAGAUAAUUCUCUGGUAUGCAGGUUUCCUCACGAUGUUUUCCUUCACCGAUUGAGACACAUGAUAUUUAAUUUCUUAAAAUGCACACAACUGAAAAGUUGGAGGUGCAUGCCCCGGACCGGAUUCGAACCCACACCCUCCGGAAUCGGAGGCAGAGGUCAUAUCCACUGGGCUAUCACGGGACGUACAACAACUAACUAUGAGAUGUGGAAAUUUCCUCUUUUGAGCGCAUUAUUUUUCAUGACCUAGUAACACAUUUAACAUCAUUGACGUAUACGAUAAAAAAACAUGUAGUAUAUUGCCAUGUGAACGUAGCAUCUCUGUCUCGUCCACGUCUCAAUCCCGCUCCGUAUGCAGCGACCUUUAUUUUCUGCAUUUGCAAAUAAGGACCAAAUAGAAAAUAAAAUUCCGUGUUUUUAAUCGUCGAACAAACUGUACAAUUUUUUAUUUUAUAUUGUUAUUAGGAUCCUUUUUAUGUUUAGUGUAAUUUCGUCAUAGAAGUUCUGAGGUUGUAUUUUAUAGGAAUAAAAAAUAAACUAUUUUUAUUGGAGUCGUGCUGGUUUCGACUGUGGAAUUUUAACAAUAUUUUUUUUAGAAUACUUUGAGCGUCCACUUAAAUGAAAAUUAUUUUUGAAGAAUAUAAUGUAAAUUAUUGCAAAGAAACAAGGAAAAAGUAAAGUAGAUUUAACGUCAAUUUGCUAGUUCAUAGAGGUAGAAUGCAACGGGAGGUUCGUACGGGGUACACUGCAACGGGAGAUACGUACGGGCUACAAAGCAACGAGAGGUUCGUACGGGGUACAAUGCAACGGGAGAUACGUACGAGCUACAAAGCAACGAGAGGUUCGUACGGGGUACAAUGCAACGAGAGGUUCGUACGGGGUACAAUGCAACGAGAGGUUCGUACGGGGUACAAUGCAACAAGAGGUUCGUACGGGGUAAAAUGCAACGGCAAUACGUGACCUGUCAAUGUAUGAAUGAAGAAUGAAACUUCAGUAAUAACAAUCAUCAAUGUACCGUCUUGUAUAUUUCGACUUUUUAACAAACUAGCGGACGCCCGAGACUUCGUACGCGUAAAAUUUUAUUAUUCACAUAUCCCGCGGGAAUCAUGUAUUUUUCUCGAUAAAAAAUAGCCUAUAUGUACCUACAUACUACAUCCUCUAUCUUCCAGUAAAAGUCCUAUUAAAAUCGGUUCAAACAUUUUGAAAUCACAGAAAGCUAGUUUUAUUUAUAUGUAUUGAUGAUGAUAUUAAUUGACUCUGCGCGGUACAAUUUUGAAUUUAAAUUUUGAUUCCCUUUUAAAAAUUUUUUUGGGUAUGGAUAAGUCCAAGCGAAAAAUAAUUAAAUUAGAUAAAAAAGAAGAAUAUCUGAUGUUGCCUAAUCUAAGAAUUAUAUUAUUUUCAUAUUAUACGACAUUUUAGUGGAUGCUUAAAGUAUUUUAGUGUAAUUAUAAUGACAAUGAUUGGUCUAUGGAAAAAUUGUCUGUCUCGAAUCCGACUCACGCUUGACCGUCUUUCUAUAGGCCUAAAGGUUAACUCAGACCGGGACGAAAAUCUCGAAUUCAUUUACGAUCUGAUUCGCUUACGACAUUCAUUCGAGUAACUUCUCCAUGUCUGCGUUGAACUUUACAUUUUCUCGAAUAAGUUCCUUCUUUUACUGUGCCUUUUUAUAUUAUACAUUUAUUUAGAUCUGAAGUGUUAUUGAAUAGAAUGUAGAGUAUUUACAUUGUACAUUCCAAUGUCUUAUUUUAGAUAUAUUUUUUUAAUUAUAAAUAUUUUUAAGGGA